AUGCACACGCGAUAUCUGGUCGUCUUCUCAUUACUGCUCGCCGGCUUGGUGGCAACGCUGGCAACGGUUGAGAAGACGUCAUUCAGGGUCGAUCGAAAUUCGUUCUGCAACCAGCUGAACCCGUCUCGCCUGAAUGGUGCUGACGUCUACGAGACGAUCCUCACCACCGUCAAGUUUGCCGAGUGUGGAAAUCCCCUGGGCGCGUACACGAUGUCGAUGUCAAUCGUGGCGGUCGACAUGAAUCUCCGCGUGCAGCGCGUCGACCGCAUCUGGACCAGGAGAAAGCAGACGAGCCUUGAUCCCACAACAUACGUCGACAACACAUCGUUGCCCCUCGACCCGAUGGUCUACUUUGCACCGGCCAGCGGAUGUGAUCGGCUUUAUCGCCUCGACAAGUGCUUCCAUGCCAAUGACGGUUUUGACGAGUACGACAGCACAGCCGAAGUCGCCUGCUUCCGGAGGGCCGAUGCGCUUCUUUUUGACUUCAAAUAUGAUGGCGUUGACCUGGUGGCUCUCCAAGGCGUCGACGUGACGAUCGAAUCGGUGGCCAAGACGGCGGACGGCGAGAUUUUGGCCAACGUCACCCGCACCUAUCAGCACUCUAUCUUGUUGCCGUGCAAAAUGGUCUUCGAUAGGAGGGCCAUCUACCAGAUUGGCCCCGGCUACGGCCGCUUCAAAGCCCUCAAGUCCUAUCUGUACACGGGUGCCAACGCUGACCUCGUCGAGCACGACCGCGUCUACGAAGACGAACUG